AUGCACGCUUGGCAGACUAUCUUGGCCGCAGCCUUAGGCUGCCACCUUGCCAGCGCCGCCGAGUGGAGGAUACAAGCAGCCCCGAUCAUCACCGGAGCUCUCAUCCCUCGACAGGAGCAAACAUGCCCCGAAGCAACAGAAACAAUGUGCCAAGACGGGACCGGGGGAUGUUGCCCAUCUGGCCAGGCUUGCACCUUCGUCUCCGGCAGACCUAGGUGCGCAGGUAGCUGUAAUGGCGGUCCUAUUUGUUUGGGUGGAGGUUGCUGUGAUAUCGGAUAUAACUGCCCUACAAUCGGCGGCAGCUUUUGUCAUCAAGCAACUAACUUCAUUCCCGUGCCUGCUCCAACUCUCACAAUCACUUCUGCACUUGAACCGGCUCCAACUGAAACUACAGAAGCUCACACUACUGAGAGUGCUUCGGAGCCUACGAGUACUUCUGACUCUACAAGUAUCUCUAAGGCUUCCAGGACAUCUGAGCCUUCCAGCACGUCGGAGCCGACCACUACAACCACCUCGAGCACCAGCAGUGUGUCUUCGUCCUCUAGCCCGGGAGGAGAUACAUCAGAUACUGUGUCGGAAUCGUCUAAACCGUCUGAAUCAACUGACUCUCCAUCGCCGACAGAAUCAUCCACAGACAACAAGACUCUCGUUAUAGCAACACCAGAACCUCUCCCCGGUAUGGCUGGGUCGUUGUCAGUUAGUUGGGAUUUAUGGAUGGCAUUGGCUGUUAUGGCGCCUUUCAUUUUGUAA